GACGAAGAAUGGUUUUAAAGUGACUAUUGAAAAGUUUUUUAAUAUAUUUAUACCUUUCUUCUUCAUCAAGACCUUUCUUUUGAACGCCUAUCAGAUCUGUUUGAGAAAAAAGAAAAAGAAUAACUAAGAAUGUCUUACAAAGCUUAUCAACAAGUGCUAAACCUUAGUACACCUAAAGCCGCAACUCCCGUAACUAAACUGGAAACCCCAACUAAAAGAAGAACAAAGUCCGGAUGUUUAACAUGCCGUAAGAGAAAGAAGAAGUGUGAUGAAGAUGUAGUAGAUGGAAAGUGUCAAGGUUGUACAAGAAAUUUUUUGGAAUGUUGUUGGCCAGAAAAGCCUGUACUGGCAGCAAUUUCUACAACUCCAUCUCCAAAGAUCGAAUUCAAAACUCCAAAGGCUCCAAAAACUCCUUUGAUUCAAGCUGCUUAUCCAUCUCCAGAAAUGUCACCUGUAUUUGAAGGAAAGAUUGAACAUAACGAAAUCCUGAAGUUGGAACUUUCAAAGUCUCAUUACAAAGUAACAAAACCAAAAAAGCAGACAAAGCCUUCUACAUCACCAAAGACUACAUUUGUCAUUACAUCUUUUGAUAAGAGAAAUGCAUUGGUACAUGUGAAAUAGAUUCGAAUAUUUUACGUUUAUUUGGUUGCGUAUUAUUUCUACGCUUUUAUGGUUAUGACGGUCCCGGUUAGGACCCUGGUUUAUUUAAUUCUAAUGACUAAUUUGUACAAUACUUUUCAUUGAUA